AUGAUACCUCCAGUCACCUGCAUCCCCAGAUUGUUCCACACUACUACUGGAUACACUCAUUCUCUCCUCUCUCUCCUGAUCUUCGCUUUCAUAUCUCUAGUGGUCUUUCUGCUCACUUUCAGUACAGGAUUCAUUCAUCCUUUUUUGAGUCGUCUGUUCUUCUGCUUCCUCCUCCUUUUCAAAAAAUUCAUGCUCUCUUGUUGGUCUCUUUUUGACGUCUUCUCUUACUUCCUCUUUUUCUUUUCGGCGUCUAGGGGCUCGGCUGAUGAUGAAGCAGAAAAUACGUUCACUCUCUCUUUUGUCUUGGGCUUGGUGACAGUGGAAACUGCUUUCUUUCUCUUUAAUAUAGCGGUGUUCCGCCUACGUCGUCAAAACGGGUCUGUCCAUUCGACGAGGAGACCAAUUCUCCUCACAGUUUUGCAAACACAUCUUUUCAGUCCGUAUACUGAGACAUUUGCCAAACGUCCAUCCAGCUCGCAGGCUUGGAUGAAGACUAACUUUUUCGUUUCACUAUUCGUUUCUGUUUUCUUCUUGUCACAUGGUCAAUUUUCAAAAUACUAA